AUGCAAUGGAAUGACUACAAACUGAAAUGGGAUCCAGAAAAAUACAACAAUAUUCACAAACUUCAUGUUCCAUCUGAUCAAAUAUGGAUACCGGAUAUUCUGUUGUACAAUAAUGCUGAUGGUGAGCCCCACAUAACAAUUAUGAGUGAUGCUUUAGUGUAUUACACUGGUGCUGUAGUUUGGAAGCCACCAAGUAUCUAUAAAUCAUUCUGUCCUAUUGAUAUUGAAUAUUUCCCAUAUGAUAAGCAAUCGUGUUCCAUGAAGUUUGGUGGUUGGUCUUACAAUGGUUUUCAGAUUGAUGUUCGGCAACUACCGAGCAAACCAACGGAUAAGAUCGAGACUCGAUAUGACGAAGAUGGAUUAGAAUACCACUUCUUGGAACAAGGAAUGGAUUUGUCAUCAUAUUAUCCAAGUCGAGAAUGGGAUUUAAUCAGUUUAACUAGUCGUCGACAUGAGCGACUUUAUCCUGGCUGUUGUGGACAGGAAUUUUACAUUGAUGUCACUUUUCACUUGUCCCUUCGUCGUAAAACUUUGUUUUAUACUGUAAAUUUGGUCAUUCCUUGCAUGCUAAUUGCGAUACUUACAACAUUUGUAUUUUAUAUUCCUGGAAUCGAGCACAAAGUAUCAUUUUCGAUUGCUGUAUUAGUUACUUUAACUGUAUUCUAUCUGGUACUCAUCGAUCUGAUUCCUCCAACUUCAAUGGUUAUUCCACUGAUUGGUAAAUAUCUUCUGUUCACGAUGUUUCUCGUUUCUGCUUCGAUUUUCCUAUCUGUACUCACAGUUAGCUUCUAUCGUCGUGGAGGUACAACACAUCCGAUGCCUAAAUGGAUGCGCCACGUGUUUCUCAAAACUUUGCCGAAGUACUUAUCUAUAAAACCACCGGAAGCUGAUGCUUUCGAAGAGAGCAGUAAUCAAUCUUCAGACAUGCUAACAAGUUCCAAAAGUUCAACAUCACGUCGCGCAAGCCCAUAUUUUCUAUCGGUUACGAAUUUAAUUGAUGGUCAAAUGCGAUUAUCACAAUUAGCGCAACUACGCGGGAUGCAUCCUGAUUUGAUUCGUCGCAUGAUCGAUAAUGUAUCUUUUAUUGCCGACCAUUUUCGGGCCAUAAAGAAAGAUGACCAAGUAUCAGAGGACUGGUGCUACGUAUCAAUGGUACUUGAUCGGCUGAUGCUAAUAAUUUUCAGUGUAAUCAACAUAUGUGGAACUUUUAUAAUUAUAUUUCAGUCCCCUGCUUUAUACGAUAAUCGUCCACCAAUGACAAUUACACCAGCCAGUAAACCAUUAAGUGGUGACACCUUGGAAUUAUUCGUCAACACUUCAGCCAUAUAA